AUGGCGCCAAAAAUCACUUCUUCCAAGAUAACGCUUUCAUGUCCGCUUUUUGCGGCUGAUUUCGACCCUCACAACCAUGGGUUUCUGCUGGUUGGAGGGGGCGGUGGUGAAGGACGCAGUGGCGUUGGCAACAAAAUCUCCCUUCUCGAUACGUCACGGCGCGAAGUUAUAUCGGAGGUAGUCGAAAUUGAGCUCUCCCGUGAAGAAGACUCCGUCACGUCCCUGGGUGUUUUACAGUGCAGCAAUAAUGAUGUUGUCGCUCUCGCAGGAAUAAAUAGUUCCCAGGCCGAACAGAAACGAGAAAACAACAAACAUCUGCGGUCUUUCGAAAUCACAUACCCUUCAAGGCGGAAGCCCACAAUAAAUUUAAGUAAUGGAGACCCCGGCGGUAAUGAUGCAACGACUAGCGAACCAAAGACGAGAGCCCUAUCCCAGGUCUCGUUAUUUAGGCCACAGGCGUCAAAAACUGCAGAGGGAGAGGCAUAUCAGCGGGUUUUGCGACUUUCCCCAUGGAAAGGCGAAGACUCGCGGCGUAUAGGCGCAAUCGCGACCGGCUUAGCCCCCCGUGGUGAGCUUGUUCUCUUUGAAGCAGAUGUCCAAUCUGUUGCUAUGCCAAAUGUCCUGGGACGUGUAAUGUUAGGAGCACAAGAAGAGGUGGAGGACGUGGAUAUUAUAGACACAAGCGAGGAUGGUACCUUCAAACUCGCAUACACAGACGGGCAAGAGGUCUAUCUGUCGAACGUCUCGAUAUCUUCAAAAUCCAACUUGCAAGUGAAUUCUAUAUAUAAAAUCGCCGGAGGACGGAAAAGCAGCAAAAUCAGAGCUCUGCGAUUUAUUACCCCAAGUACCCUCCUUUUGCUACAAAAUUACCACGGUCGUACCGGAUGUGAGCUGCUGGUCAUCUCAUUGUCUAAUCAUGUAUCGAAAUGGACGGUUAGCCGAAGGAGACGCCUACAUAGGUCAAUGAAGAUUGGUCUAGGUUUGGAUAUAUGUCGAUUAUCCCAAUCGUUAUCCGGAGAAAAUCAGUGUAUCAUUGCUGUAUCAGGCAGUGAUAUGUCUAUUGAGGUACUGACGCUUGAGUCUGCACUCAAGGGCCAAGUUGGAAAAUUACAACAUUACACCACUUUUACCGAUGUCCAUCCGUUUUCAAUGACAAAAAUCGCGUUUUCGACCUUCAUUUCUCCAACUCUACCCGUUACAUCGGAAGUACGGCCCCAGUUCGUAAAAUUGGCAUCUGUUAGCGUGGGAAAUACGGUCAUUGUUCACACCUUUCCUCUAUCACCUUAUCCCACUACUUCCAAACAUCCACGAUAUGUCCUUGUUAACCCCGGCCCCUCAGAACUAGCCAACACCAUAUUUAGUUCUUUAGUUGCCAUAUUUGUCGUCGCAUUGGGUGCUUUCUUCCUUCAAGCUUUUACAGAGAUUCGAGGUGGCGUUCCUCCUACUCUAGGUGCUACAAACUGGCUGAGUCCACGUCUUCGUGAAAUGCUAGCACGCCCAUACAUGUUUGAAAAUGGCCAUCCAAAUAUUCACCCCGCUACUCACUCGUUAAAAGAUAUCCCUCAAGUCAAAACCACUUCCCAACCGCUUCAGGAGCUUAUAUCUUCACUAUCACAAUCCCGGGAGGGAGCUGAUCCUGCGUCCGAACAGCCACGUGAAGCCAUUGUUGUCCACGACCUCGGGUCAGAAAUAUCAGCUCAGUCUACGGUUCUCCCGGAUAGAGGAGAGAAGGGGCAUGGGAUAGAUUACUCGGAAACUAAGAAAUGGGAAGACCUAUCCGAAGAACAGCGCAGGAUAUGGAAGAAAAAGCUAGCAGAUGCGGGGCACUGGGCACUGGACGAGGGUGAGGUUUUACUCCGCGGUGUACUCUUUGGCGAAUUAGCUGGAUUUGUUGGCCACAUAAUGGCUUGA